CCAAGCGAGCAAGAGAGAGAGAGAGCGAGAAGAGAGAAUGAAAGAGCUCGAGAGGGAGAGCGAGAGAGUGAAUGAGAGGAGAGAGAGGGGGAGAGAGAGUGAGAGAGCUCGCGAGAACGAGAGAGAAGAGAGGGGGGAGAGAGCGAGAGAGAAAAGAGAGAGAGAGUGAGAGCAAGAGAGAAAGCGAGAGAGAAGAGAGAGCUCGAGAGAGAGGGAGUGAGAGUAAAGGAGAGCGGGAGGGAGAGAGCACGAGAGAGAAAGGGAGAGAACGAGAGCUUGAGAGAGUGAGUGGGAGAGGGCAAGAGAGAGGGUAAGAGGAUGGGAGCGAGAGGAGAGAGUGAGAGAGCAAAAGAGAAGGGAGAGAGUGCGAGCGAGAAGAGAGUGAGAAUAGAGAGAGGGGAAAGAGCUCGGGAGUGAGAGAGAGAGAGAGAGCAAGAGAGCUCGAAAGAGAAAGCUCGGGAGGGGGAGGGAGAGAAGAGCGAGAGAGGAAGAGAAAGAGAGAGAGCGAAAGAGCGCACCAUGGCAGAGUGUUCCAAGAAAAAAGAAAAUAUAAAACAUUCUUCACCCCAGACUGCACUAAAGUGUAGCCCUGCCUAAUAGGGGUAAAAAAAAUAAUGACAGCGUUGCUUGCUGCACUGUUUGCAACAGUGACUUUUCUAUUGCCCACGGUGGGUUAAAAUGUAAAAGACAUGUUGAGAUUAUUGGACCCAAGAAGUGUUUGGAAGGAAAUGCGACCAAAAAGGUGUGCGGGGGACAGGUAGUUGUGUUCCUAGAAUGUUACCAAUUUUCCGUAAUGCACCUUCACAUGAUCUGCACAUGCAUCAAGAAAUGAGGGAACUGGAGCGCCUGGAGGAAGCCCAUGAGACCAUGAGGAGAAGACAUCUGAUCCUGGGACUCACUGACCUGGGGCAGCCCAACAUCCACAGAUGUCCUUUGUCAUCCAUUCACGUCGCUGGCCUUCAAUCAUGGAGUGGAGUCGUAGACUCUGGAUGUCCUUAAAUCCCAUGUUCACAUUGCCGAUCUUCAAGCAUGCAGCAGAGGCUAGGCUCCAGAUGCCCCAUGUCCACAUCACAGGUCUUCUAGCAUGGAGCAGAAGCCCAGACUCCAGAUGUCCUUCAUUCCCAUGUAACACAUGGCAGGACUUCAAGCGCAGAACGGAAGUCCAGACUUCAGAUGACUCACAUUGCUGGCCUUCGACUGCAGUUACAAAUAAACAUGAUAGAUCACUUGGGUACCAGCAGUCAAGAAACCAGCAGAAAUACUGUACUUUGGAUGUGGAUGAUGAGGAUGGUGAAAACAUGAGUUCAAGCAGCACUGACGUAAAAGAGAACCGUAAUCUGGAGAACGUCUCUCUUAAGGAAAGCAAUCAAACUCCUGGUGAGGCACCGCUUUCAAAUGGCAGCAAUUCCUCCAUUAACAGAAAACGACCACUGGAAGAAGGCAGUAACGGGCACUCACAUCCAAAGUUUCGUGCUAAGAAGAGGAAGAAAACUCCCGGUCCCAUUUUGCCAAAGAAUGCACUUAUGCAAUUAAAUGAAAUUAAACCAGGCCUCCAGUACAAGUUACUAUCACAGUCUGGCCCAGUCCAUGCUCCUGUGUUUAUCAUGGCUGUUGAGGUCAAUGGACAAAACUUUGAAGGAUCUGGGCCCACCAAGAAAAAAGCCAAGUUGCAUGUAGCUGAGAAAGCCUUGAGGUCCUUUGUCCAGUUUCCAAAUGCCUCUGAGGCCCACCUGGCUAUGGGUCGAAUGCUGAACGUUAAUACAGAUUUUACAUCAGAUCAUUCUGAUUUCCCAGAUACUCUCUUUAAUGGAUUUGAAACCCCAGCUCAAGGUGAUGAUCCUUAUCUCUUAGGGUCCAAUGGAGAUGGGUCCUUCAACUCAGGCAACUAUAAUUCUUUUGGUGCUUCUUGUGGUACCGGAAGAAGUACUGUAGGUCAAUCAGCAAUGACCGCUCCAUCUCCUUUUGCCAUAACCAGCGGAAAGAACCCAGUCAUGAUACUGAAUGAACUGCGCCCAGGACUUAAAUAUGAGUUCAUUUCUGAGAGUGGAGAGAGCCAUGCCAAAAAUUUCAUCAUGGCAGUGACAGUAGAUGGGCAGACAUUUGAAGGGUCGGGGAGAAACAAGAAGUUGGCAAAGGCUCGAGCUGCUCAAGCAACUCUUCAGACUUUGUUUAAUAUGCAACUGGACUCAACUCCAUCACGGCAACCUAUUCUUAGUGAAGGUCUUCAGCUUCACCUGCCUCAGGUGCUGGCAGAUGCUGUGGCUCGAUUAGUGGUGGAUAAAUUCAGUGAACUGACUGACAACUUCACUUCACCUCAUGCAAGGAGGAAAGUUCUUGCUGGUGUUGUCAUGACUACAGGAACUGAUGUCAAAGAUGCAAUGGUUAUAUGCGUUGCCACUGGAACUAAAUGCAUCAAUGGCGAAUAUAUGAGUGACCGGGGCUUGGCUCUGAAUGAUUGUCAUGCGGAAAUUGUUGCACGUCGAUCUCUCAUCCGGUUUCUCUAUUCCCAAAUGGAGUGUCAUUUAAGCAACAAAACAGAAGACCAUCAUAAAUCCAUUUUUAUUCGGUGCGAAGGUGGUGGUUUCAAAAUGAAAGAAAAUGUGCAGUUCCACCUUUAUAUCAGUACAUCACCGUGUGGAGAUGCCCGUAUCUUCUCCCCACAUGAGGCAGCAGUAGAGGAUCAGGGAGACAAACAUCCAAAUCGGAAGGCACGAGGUCAACUCAGGACAAAAAUUGAAUCAGGUGAAGGGACAAUUCCGGUGAGAUCCAGCAACACAAUUCAGACGUGGGAUGGCGUGUUACAAGGAGAACGUUUGCUUACCAUGUCAUGUAGUGAUAAAAUAGCCAGAUGGAAUGUGCUUGGAGUGCAAGGAGCUCUGUUGAGCCACUUUAUGGAGCCUAUCUAUUUUGCAAGCAUUAUCCUGGGUAGUUUAUACCAUGCUGAUCACUUAUCUCGUGCAGUCUACCAGCGACUUACUGAUAUUGAAAACCUCCCAAGCAUUUAUACUCUUAACAGGCCUCUGCUUAGUGGUAUAAGUAACACUGAAUCACGUCAGCCAGGCAAAGCACCGAAUUUCAGUGUCAAUUGGGCUGUAGAGGAUUCUGCCUUGGAAAUCAUUAAUGCCAUGACAGGAAAAGAUGACAUGGGGCGACCUUCUCGGCUGUGUAAACAUGCUCUGUACAGUCGCUGGUUACGCUUGCAUGCCAAGUUGCCAUGCUUGCUUCAAUCCAAGCACGAGAAGUCCAGUUCUUACUAUGAAGCAAAGCAGGCUGCUGUUGAAUAUCAAGCUGCCAAGGAGAGCCUGAUCAAAGAGUUCCAGAAGAGUGGAUUAGGCAUGUGGGUGAAGAAGCCCAUUGAGCAGGAUCAAUUUGUUCUGUCUGUCUGAACCCAGAGAAGUGUUGGGAUUUUUAGGAAUUGAAAGCUGCUGGAAUUCCAUAUGUCAGAUGUAUUUAUUAACUUGUAACUUUAAACUAAUGUUUUUAUUUUGUAUUUCUAAAAUAAGGACAUGUCCCUUUUCUUGGCUACUGGCUAGAUUUUUGAAGUAGCACAAAAGAUUAUAUACAGAAUACUUCUAAUUGGCUUCUGUACUGAAAGGUGAUGUCAGCAAUUAUAUCUUCAUUUAAUUGUGCAGUACACUUUUUUAAAAUCAAAUAUACAAGUUUUUUGAAGACUAGUGUUUACUUCAGUUUCUGUAAAAAAAAAUCUAUGCAGAAAGCAGUUCCCAUAAAUUUUAGCAUUUUGUAUUUGUUUUAAUUGGUUGUUUUUUGUCAAAUUUAGCUCUCCUUGCACAUGGUAUCCUAAAAAGCAAUGGAGCAUAUUUUGUGAAUUCAGAUACAAGAGUUGCUGUCCUAAUAUAUGGUGUGCUCAGACAAAUCAAGUUACAGAUUGGAUAUGCUAACCUGGGCAUAGAAUCAUUGAAAAACCUUUUACCCUUGAGCAUUUAUCUGCCCAUCAGUAAAAUGAUGGUUCAUCUGUUUUGCUUUACACCACAAUAGCCAUGCUUAUCAAAAAUAUAUCAACAAUGAUUUAAAAUGACCUGACCUUACAUUAAUUGCCAGUUGAAAAAGGGAAUUCCAAUUUUCUCCUGUGCAGUAUCUUUUCUUUAACCACACUUAAAUACCUGGUUCUAAUUUGAUCCUCUUUCUAAAACUCUCCAACCUGCAGAAAUUGUUUCCUUCUGUCUCCCCACCAGUUUCCUUCACACCUUGAUAACUAAAUCAACACCACCCCCAC